AUGGACCCCUCGCUCAAUGUUUGCCAAGCUGAACGGAUUAUUGUGCUGCAGUGGUUGAAAAGUGGGUUGAAGAUGAAGAUGUUACAACAAAGGAAAGAAUACCACACAGAACACAGAAAACUGAUUUGCUCUGCCUUCAUCCUUACUUCUGCAGUUUUCUUGUUGGCCUACAUAACCGCAGUAACUCUAUGCCAAGUUUGUGCACUACAAGCAGAAAUCUCAGCUCUAAAAGAGGAUUUGGGAAUGUACAGGUCCCAAAGGGAUUACUUACAAGCAUUGAUGAGGAUGAGCAAGGGUGUUUCAACCAACUGGAAUACUUCAGUAAAUCAGGUCAGUGAAUCUCUUGAGAAAAACAUGCACAACAGGGAGAAAUCAACAGAAAGAAAAAGAAUAUUUCGAGGAAGAAGAUCCCUUCUUGAACAAGUGCAGCAUUCCUGCGUGCAAUUGAUUGCUACAAAUUAUCAAAUGGCGUUUGUGAAAGCAAGUGAUUGCUCAAGACAUUUGUAUGGAAAGUCACAACCAAUCUGUAAAACUGAACGGAGAUAUGUUUCAAGCAAAGAUGGCAAACAAGUGACAGCAGUCCCUUGGAUUCUUAGCUUGAAAAGAGGAAAUGCUCUUGACAAAGAAGGUAACAAGAUCUCAGUCAAAGAAGCAGGCUACUUUCUGGUGUACAGUCAGGUUUGGUAUAAAGACAAUACUUUUACAAUGGGACAUUUUAUCCAGAGAAGAAGGGCAAGCAGUGUGGGUGAUGAGCCACGUACUGUAAUUCUAUUUCGAUGCAUUCAAAACAUGUCUGCCUGCUGUCCAAAUAGUUCUUGCUUCACAGCUGGUAUUGCAAAACUUGAAGCGGGAGAUGAACUUGAACUUGUGAUACCUCGAAUUCAAGCACAAAUUGCCUUAACUGGUGAUGGGACAUUUUUUGGGGCAAUAGAACUGCUCUAACUGUUGGCCAAUGCAGUAAAGGCAAAGUGGUUAUUGUCGUUGGAAUAAAACAAUGAGGAAUAUAAGAAUAUAAGAAUGUUAGCAUCUGGUUCCUUCAUAUUUUAUGAUGUAUAUUUUAGGACAUUGAUGUAAGCAUAAUUCUCUUUAAUGAAAUUUAGAAACUGGAAAUGAAGAAUUGUGCUGGAAUUGUUUUCUUUA